UUUCUCCACGCCCAGUUUAGACACGUUUACUUCAAAUUUCCGCUUUUCUGACUCGAAGUUGUUGGGUGAGAAGGUGGCCCAGGUUUUGCGUUUUUCGGGGCGGAAUUUGGUUGUGUCUGACAGGUAAAUGGCGCGACUGUUUCUGAGGGGAAGCCUGCAGAGGUGCAUCGCCACCCAGACCAGGAUGUCAUCUGACCAGCUUGGUGAGCUUGGCAAAGGUGCAGGGAAAGGUGGAGGAGGUGGAGGAUCUGUGAGAACAGCAGGAGGUGCGUUUGGAAAGCGGGAAGCGGCAGAAGAGGAGCGGUACUUUAGGGAGAGGGAGAAGGAGCAGAUGGAGGCUCUGAGGAAGCACCACAGAGAGGAGAUUGAACAUCAUAAAAAGGAGAUUGAGCGCCUACAAAGAGAGAUCGACCGCCAUACGGGCAAAAUCAGAAAGCUGUCACAUGACGAUUGAGGCAGAGAAUCGCACUCUGACUUAUUAGCUGAGUGCAACCACUCGUUGAAUUUCACUUGUUUCCUCUGCUGGUCAAGGCAGAUCUUGUGAUCAUAAGUUGUCAUACUGACCUCAUUCUAAGGGCUGAAACAAUAAAGUGAUUCAUCUUCCUGAA